GGCAUCUGUCGCCUAGCAACGAAAUGUCAACUUCAGUUUCCAAACAAACAUCGAUAACCUUAGCUAGCUAACAAGCUAGCUUAAAACCUGUAGGUUAGCUAGGUACUGACCGUCCGCAGACUUCAACAACAGGAUGGGGAAGAAAGUGAAGAAAGAGAGUGAGCCUCCUUCUAAGGAUGUGUUUGACCCCUUGCCGAUUGAGAGUAAGAAAGCAGCCACUGUGGUCCUCAUGCUCAAUUCCCCCGAAGAGGAGGUUUUGGUUAAAGCUUGCGAAGCCAUCCACAAAUUUGCAGAGAAAGGUGAUGAGAACAGGAGUUCUCUGCUGGGGCUAGGGGCUGUGGAGCCUCUGUCUCACCUCAUCUCCCAUGAAGACAAGCUAGUCCGCCGCAAUGCUUUCAUGGCCCUGGGGGUCAUGGCUGCCAACAGCGAUGUAAAAAGACUUCUGAAGAAACUGGAUGCCAUUCCUUCUAUCAUCAGAAAGCUGUCACCUGAAGAGGAUGUUGUGGUCCAUGAGUUUGCCACACUGUGUCUGGCCUCCCUGUCGGUAGACUUCAGCUGUAAGGUCCAGAUCUCGGACCAGGAGGGACUAGAGCCGCUUAUACAGCUUCUGUCCAGCCCUGACCCUGAUGUCAAGAAGAAUUCUGUGGAGACUAUCUGCAACCUGGUGCAGGACCUCCCCAGCCGUGUGGCAGUGCGUGAGCUAAAUGGCAUCCCCCCGCUCCUGGAGCUGUUGAGAUCUGAGUUCCCGGUCAUCCAGCAGUUAUCCCUGAGGACGCUGGUGAUCGUAACCACGGAUACCGACACACGAGCCACCUUCAGGGAGGAGCAGGGCUUUGACAGGCUGCUGGAGUUCCUCUGCAACAAGGAGUUCAGUGAUCUGCAUGUAGAAGCCCUCCAGGUUUUGUCUAACUGUCUGGAGGACAGAGACAGUCUCCAGCUGAUCCAUGAGACUGGAGGUCUCCAGAGGUUACUACAGUUCAUCACCACUCCCACCCUGCUGGACAUACAGACAAACGCUGUCAAGGCCAUCUCCAGGGUGGCGCAGAGCUCAGAGAACCGCAAGCUGCUCCAUGAGCAGGACAUCGAGCGGUCUCUGGUGGAGCUGCUGUCUCUAGAGGGUGAUAGUUUGAGGACUGCUACCUGUCAGGCUGUCGCUGCCAUGAGUCUACACCUGGCCAGCAAAGAUGCUUUCAGAGACCUGGACGGUAUCCGUGCGGUGGUGCAGCUGCUUGGUAGUGAGGGGGGCGAGGUGAGAGAGGCAGCAGCCCAGGCCCUGUCUAGCCUUACAAGCAGCAACCAGCUCAACUCAUAUGCUGUCUAUGAGGCUGAGGGAGAUGAGGGCUUGGUUCAGCAGCUCCAUGACGUUAUUCCCGGUGCGGUGGCUCACGCUGCGGCCGUCCUCACCAAUAUGGCUGAACAGGAAGUCCUCCGCUGCAGCAUCCUGUCCCACGGGGCCAUGGCUGCCCUCCUGGAGCCGCUGCAGUCUGCGGACACACACACCCUGGUUCGAGCCACGCAGGCCCUCGCCGCUCUCGCCUGCGAUGCUGAGGGACGGGCAGACCUGAGGAAUGCGGGAGGCCUAGUUCCAUUGGUCCAACUGCUACGGUCCAAUCACAAGGAGGUACGCCGCAAUGCAUGCUGGGCCAUCAGCGUGUGCGCUAACGAUGAGCCCACUGCCGUGGAGAUGUGCAAGCUGGGGGCCCUGGACUUGUUGCAGGAGAUCAACAGCUCAGCUAACCGUAGGAAUAAGUUUAGUGAGAUUGCUCUACAAAGACUGCUGGACUCCAACCUGUCUCUCAAAUACAGCCUGACCAACACACUGGCCCCCACAGACAUCACUGUGGACGGCUUCUACGACCCCGGGCAGGCUCGUUCUGGCCAGAGGGUGUUGACUCUAGAGGAUCUGUCUAAACAGCCAGUAAACCAGCGACGGCCUGUCAUUGCUAUUAAUGCCAAACCCCUCGACACGGUGUCAGUCGAUCAGUCAGAGGAGAGACAACAGGACAGCCCCACCGAGACUCGCACUGCAUCUGUACUCAGCAGCAAGGGCUCCACCAGGACCCCCAGUAAAGGGAAGAGUAAAGGGCGGAAGGAGGACGAGAAACUGAGAGAUGAGGAUGAGAGUAAGCCCCAGCAGGAGGUAGCCAUGGUAACAGAGAAGCCGUGGAUGCUCCCGUAUGAUGCUGCGUUCCACGCCCUGGUUACCGAGGCCACCAAGACCAUCCUCCCGCUGCACGUGGAGAGUGAGCAGUACAGCGCCUUAGCCAGGCUGGUGAGUGAGGUGAUGGGCGGGGCGGUGGAGGUGGACAGACAGCAUGACUUCCUGUGGGAGCUCCACCUCAGUGAGCUGCGCUACGAACUACAGUCCAACAUCAUCCCCAUCGGACAGAUACGCAAGGGAACCUACUACCACAGGGCUCUGCUUUAUAAGGUGUUGGCUGACCGUAUAGGUGUGAGUUGUAGCCUGGUGAGGGGGGAGUAUAAUCGGGUGUGGAAUGAGGUCCUCCUCUCAGUUGGGACGCCCCACUACCCAGGGUGCCAGCCCCAGCCCAGAGCUCACCUGGUGGACCUCAUACACCAGCCUGGCAGGCUUCUGAGAGCCAAUACACCCCAGGCCAAACAAUACCAGACUAUAUAACCACAUGUUAAAAUACACUUUAUAACUACACAAUACCAGACUAUAUAACCACAUGUUAAAAUACACCAUACCAGAUUAUAUAACCACAUGUUAAAAUACACUUUAUAACUACACCAUACCAGACUAUAUAACCACAUGUUAAAAUACACUUUAUAACUACACAAUACCAGACUAUAUAACCACAUGUUAAAAUACACUUUAUAACUACACCAUACCAGACUAUAUAACCACAUGUUAAAAUACACUUUAUAACUACACAAUACCAGACUAUAUAACCACAUGUUAAAAUACACUUUAUAACUACACAAUACCAGACUAUAUAACCACAUGUUAAAAUACACCAUACCAGAUUAUAUAACCACAUAUUAAAAUACACUUUAUAACUACACAAUACCAGACUAUAUAACCACACUUUAAAAUACACCAUACCCUGGGAGGCUGCUAAGGUCCACCACACAACCCCAAGUUAUACAAUGCCAGACUGUACUGUACUUUGUAAACAACACUAGACCUUAUAAACUGUCUGAUCUAGACUGCAGCUAUCCCA